AUGCAAGCCAACUGUAGCCAACUGCACAGCCCUUCAGGAGCUGCAGGCAGUGAGGAUGCCUCAGCCUCCCAGUGUGUCCAAACAAGAUUGACAGCAGAAGCUUCCUGUCUUUAUUCUGGAGAUGUUCAUAUUCAGAUAAACUCCAUGCCUAAAGAAUGUGCUGAAAAUCCAAGCUCCAGAAAUGUAAGGUCAGGUGUCCACGGCUGUACCCAUGGAUGUGUACACAGUCGCUUACGGAGUCACUCCCACAAUGAAGCAAGGCAACCUGAUGAUACCGAGAUGGAGUCUGGAGAUCGUGGUAGUAGCUCCUUCUCAGAAUUCCGAUAUCUCUUCAAGUGGUUGCAAAAAGGUCUUCCAUAUAUUUUGAUUCUGGGUGUCAAACUUGUUAUGCAGCAUAUAACAGGAAUUUCUCUUGGAAUUGGGCUGCUUACAACUUUUAUAUAUGCAAACAAAAGCAUUGUAAAUCAGGUUUUUCUAAGAGAAAGGUGCUCAAAGAUUCAGUGUGCUUGGUUACUGGUAUUCUUAGCAGGAUCUUCUGUUCUUUUAUAUUACACCUUUCAUUCUCAGUCACUUUAUUACAGCUUAAUUUUUUUUAAUCCUACUUUGGACUAUUCGAGCUUCUGGGACGUACUUUGGAUCGUUGGAAUUACAGACUUCAUUCUGAAAUUCCUCUUCAUGGGCUUAAAAUGCCUUAUUUUAUUGGUGCCUUCUUUCAUCAUGCCUUUUAAAUCCAAGGGUUAUUGGUAUAUGGUUUUAGAAGAAUUAUGUCAGUAUUACCGAACUUUUGUCCCCGUACCAGUUUGGUUUCGUUACCUUAUAAGCUAUGGGGAGUUUGGUAAUGUAACUGGAUGGAGUCUUGGGAUAUUGCUGGCUUUACUCUACCUCAUACUAAAACUUCUGGUCUUUUUUGGACAUCUGAGAACUUUCAGACGGGUUUUAAGAAUAUUUUUUACACGACCAAGUCACGGAGUGGCUGCCAGCAAGAGACAGUGUUCAGAUGUGGAUGAUAUUUGUUCCAUAUGUCAAGCUGAAUUUCAAAAGCCAAUUCUUCUCACCUGUCAGGCUCUUGUGAAAUCUGUUUUUCAGAAAACUCAAGUGUGUUUGCUGGAAAUAGAUACCUGUGAUCUUGAAAUGCUAUGGGGUACCACAAAUUCCUAGGAGGGGGUAAGCCCUGGAAAAGGCUCUUAACAAGAAAGCAGAACCAACAGAAGGAGUCUCUAGCCCACAGGAGCCCAAAGUCCCAGGGAAGAGAGAUGAGUCAAUGGAGCUAAGCACAAGGUGCCCUGGGAACUACAUCUGACCUGGCAAGAAGUCUUCCUGGAGGUGGAGAUACCUAAGCUGUAUCAUAAAAAGUUAUUAAGAUGAAAUGUAGAGGGUAUUUAAAAAAAAAAAAAGGCAUUCCCAGUGCAAAAGAGGCUUGACAGGACGGGACAUGUCUUGAGGAUCUAAAAGUAGUUCAGUAUGGUUAGAAGUGGUUAGGACAUGUAUUAGGCUGGACAUAUAGGAAAUGGAAGGCCUGGGCAUCUAGGCAAAGGCAUCUGAAUCUUAUUUUAGAGGCAGAGGAGAAAUGCUGAGGUAAGGUAAAUGAAUAACCUUUGGCUUUAAGAAAGACAGUUCUAGUAGCAGUGUGAAGUUUUAGGGAAGAAAUGACACCAGUUAGAAGGCUAGUAAACUAAGCAAGAAGUAAAACCUGUAACUAAGAAAAUGAAGGUGGGGAAAAAAAGGGUAAAAGUGCAUCAUUAGCACUCGCUGACUAAGGAGAUAUGAGAAGAAAUGAUGAUACCAUGGUUUCUGUGUAAGUAAUGGUGUCAUUCAAUAACAGGAAAUGGAAACAAAGAAAAAAGUUUUGGGAAAAUGAUAUAUUGCUUUGGACAUGCUAAGUCUUAAAUUCUAAGUUCUUGUACACCUCUAGUAACAUGAAAAAGCGUAUAUACGUGGCCAUUAGUUGCAAUAUUAUUUGUAAAAGUGAAACAUAAGAAACAACCUAAAUGCCCACACAUAGGAUAUUGCAUGAAAACCCUGUGUAAGAAAACUGUAAAAAGAAUGAGGAACAUCUCUGAAAGCAAGGUGCAAAAGAGCAUAUAUGGCACAGCAGUAACACAGUAUGCUACCUUUUGUGUAACAGUGGAAAUAAGAAUAUAUGCUUAUAUCUGGAAUAAUGAGCACACCUAAAUUAAGCCAAAAGCUAAUGAUACAGGGAAUUCCCUGGCGGUCCAGUGGUUAGGACUCGGCACUAUCACUGACAAGGGCCCAGGUCCGAUCCCUGGUUGGGGAACUAAGAUCCUGCAUGCCAUGUGGCGUGUCCAAAAAAAUAACAAUAACAUAAAACAUCCCAACAAGAAACCUAUCUAAAAAAAAAAAAAAAAAAAGCUAAUGAUAGUGGAAAGGCAGGAAAGGGAAUGGGACCUCUGAGUAAAACCUGAAGGGUUUUAUCAUUCAUUUCUUUUCUCACCUAAAUCAAAUAUCAUUAUUGUGAUUAUUAAAUUCUGAACCAUGUUAAUGUUUUAUACAUUUCAAAAAUAAAAUUAAAUCUGGAUGGGGGAGGGAAAUAAAAUUGAAUACAACAGAAAUACAUAAAUUUAAUUGACUAUUACUUUGAUAAUUUUACCACAAAAGGAAAAAAAAGAUAUUUAAAUAACUUUACGUUGAACAUUCUUAGUGACAUAUAUGUAAGCAUAAAAAAAAUUGCCAAAAAAUCUUAAACCACACUUAGUAGGUUUAUAGCUCCUCAUAGUAUUGGUAUUAUAAUUCUCAAACUAUUAUGCACGUAUUGUACAACUAAGCAAAUGAGUAAAUGUACUGAUGUUGUUACCAGGCUUUUCUCACUGUGGAAAAACAGAGAUGCAAAUGUAGGCCGAGGAAAGAAGAACCCUACGGAAUUGGACUGAAAUUAGGAAUAUCAAUAUGUAGCCAUGAUUUAAAACAAAAACAAAACUUCCUAGCUCUGUGUACUGAAAGAGCCAGGAACAAUGAGACUUCAGUAGCAAAAAGUAUAGCUUGGCACCCAGAUCUUGGUUUCUCUAGCAAAAAAAAACAGGGUUCCAUGGAGAAUAAAACGGUUCUAAGCCAGGGUCAGGGAAAGUGCAAGGUAAACCUGGAGCACGCUAUUAUACAGAAAGUAAGGAACUACUCAAAAACUAACAGGGAUAUGUUAAAAGGACACAGAAGCCAUCUUAAUGGAGCUCUCUCUAGCAAAACCUGGGAAAAUUUGUGGACCAAAAUUUGAAUAAUGAAAGAAAUGGGUAACACACUGAAAAAAUGUCCAUACUAGUUAAAAAAAUUAAAUUUAAAAAAGCAAGUAUGAAAAGCUCUUCUUUACAGAAGAAUGACAAUAUAGAAAAAAAUGAUAAAAAUAGAAAAGUCUCCAUUUUAUAAUCACCAGAGUAUUAUUUGAUUUGGCUAAGAGACAAUGGAUAAUAAAACCAUUGGGUGUAGAAGAUUAUUAGGACAGAAUAUUAACACAAUCUCUAACUUUCAUUCCAUAGAUACUUUUUAAUUACAGAGGGAAAAAGGUAUUGGUAGAAUGGAAAGUUUGGUGGACACCACCUUAACAAAGUGAUCAAACUCAGUCUCACCAAAUAAUGAGACAGACCAACAUUAUGUGCUUCCUGAGCCCAUGCACUGAGAACACAAUGCUCCUGUAAAAUAUUCCUGCAGAAAGCAUUUAACCUAAAUUUAAAAUUUAAGUGUUUUCAUGAGGAAACAAUGAACCAUAUCCAAAUUAGGGAUACUCUGCAAAACUGGCCCAGAGUCUUCAAAAACUGUCAAUGUCAUGAAUGACAAAAAAGUAAAGGAAACUAAAGUAAAAGAAACUAAAGACACAGUACUCUACAGUAAAGGAAACUAAAGACACAGGACUACUCAAUGCAAUGUGUGAUCCUUGAUUAAAUCCUGGAUGUUAAAAACAAAACAAAAUAGCUAUAAAGGAGAUUACUGGCACAACUGGGGAAGUCUGAGUAUGGACGAUGUAUUAGAAAACAGUAUAGUAUAUCAAUGUUAAAUUUCCCAAAUGUGACAAUUACACUGUAGUUAUGUAUGUAAUGCCCUUAUUCUUAAGAGAUACAUACUAAAGAAUUUAAGUGCGAAGUGCCAUGUCUACAAAUAACUUUCAAAUUGUAUACCAAAAAAAUUAAAACUUUGAAUAUACACACACAUACAUACUAAGAGAGGAGAAACUGAGGGAGGGGCAGACAAAGAAAAUAUGGCAAACUUAACAAUUGGUUAUCACUGUACUAUUCUUGUAACUCUUUGGGAAGUUUGAAAAAUUUCAAAGAUGCAUUAUUUUUUAACUGUUCAGAAGGUUUAAAUUUUUUAAAUAAAUAAUUUUGAGAAAGUCUGAGAAGAGGCCAAGAAGAGAAGAUGAAGAAAUAGUAAAGAAGAAUCAUAGAAGUCAAGGGAGCGGAGUUUCAAAAUGCUGUGGUCAAUAGCUUCAAUAUAACAGAGAGGUAAAUUAAGGAUGAGUUAAGUAAAGACCACUGGAUUCAGCAAUUAGGAGAUCACUGGUGAUGUAGGGGACAAGCAUUUCAUCAAAAGAAUAGAGUUGUGAAGUCAAAAUAUAGUGAGUGAAAAAAAUAAUAAAACAUGACUUCUCAAGAAAUUCAGCUAUGAAAGGCAGAGACUGGAAGCUACCAUAGACCUCGAGUGAAGAAAGGAUUUGUUUUCUAAAUAUGGCAAAGACAUGAAUAUAUUUAUAUAAAGAAAGAAGUUAGGAUAGAGGAUGGAAAAAAGAGGCAGAAGUGACAAAGACCCUGAACAGGCAGAAAGUGAUGGGAUCCAAAACAUAAAGAGAGUGUUUAGCCUUGGAAAGAAGGAGGAACACAUCUCCCACUAAGCCUGGAGAGAGGGAAGUAAAGACAGGUGAAAAUGUAGACAAUAUGGUACUGGGGACAAGGAUUAGAACAGGAAGUUGAAGGGAAUCAGAUCUGACAGCCUCAAAUAGAAAGAGAGGCAGUCUGCUAAAAAAGAAUAGUGGGACUGAUAGUAUAGGCUCUAAUAGUUGUAGAGAAUGGAAGGAGUUGUCUAGGGACAUUUGGUGAGUUCUAAGUGUCCACAUGAGUUCGGGACUACGAAUUUGUCCCAGUAGCCAUUUAAAAGUUUCUGUGAUUUCUGCCAGUGAUGUUCAGUAACUGAGAUACAGGAAUAAAGGAGCAUUAACAAAUAAACUGAUUAAAUUAGAACUUUCCUGAACAUAAGGUCAAUGGGAUAGCAGGUGACUGAAGUGGCAGAUCAUGUUGAUUAGGCUAGAUUAGGAAUAAACUGAAAGUAGAACGGGGCUAAGAACUUGAAGAAAAAACAGAAAGAUCAAAGCACUAAAAGGGCUUAGGGCCAAAGACCAGGCAUUGUGGGAAUAAUAAGUGAGAAUGUUACUGCUCUAUUAUAGUCCAGUGUUUCAGGGGUGGAGGACACAGCUAUGGGGGCUGGUGAAGUGGAAUGGAGGUGAAUGCUGACGAGUUGGGAUCAACAAGAAAUUAGAAGGCUAGGCAAUUGAUUACUUAUUUAGUACAAGGACAUGGAAGACACCAGGGCAAUAAGACUUGGGAGUGGGGGAAAAAAGACUGAUAAAAGAUAAGAAAGCAGUAUAGGCUUAAACCUCAAAGUAGAAAAGGUUUUGACCAGAGUAGAGGAGAAAUUGCAAGGCUAAGCUUAUCAGUUCUUCCCUUGAAUCACACAGUGAGCAGAGCGAGAGGCAGAGACUACAUUUGUCUCAAGUGCUAAAUCCUAAUGUCUAGCAAAAUGCCUGGCACACUGGAGAGUCUCAGUUGGUUCAAUAAAAGAAGGAAUGAAAGAAGUAUGACCAAUCUGUGAGUUACAAGCCUUUGGCCAAAGGUUCUAAAAUUUACAGUGUGAGCUGAACUAAUGCCAUGGGCAAUAGUAUUUUGCUUCCAGAGUACAUUUUUGUUGCAACUGGUAGGGUAGAGAGAUAGUUGUUGGAAAUAGUCUUUUCCUCAACUUUCCACCAUGAACAAGUACCCAAAUGGGACCAUUCUCAUAAUGAGUAAACAAUCCCAGAAGUGCUAAAUCCAGACAGAUUGUCCAGAUGUAAGCAACUCAUUUAAGACAAGGGGACAUCCGGUUUAUUCUGAUUUCAUCUUUAAGGCUAGAAAGAGGUAUAUUCUUACCCAUACUCAGGUCAAGAGGGUUAGUACUCUGCUUUAAGGAUAACAAAAUCAAAAGAAGAAACUCAAUGGGAGUACACAGUCAUCUUACCUAGCAAUUUAGAAAUUAAAACCUUGGACCUAACCCUAGCAACCUUUUCACUUUCAUUAUUUUCUGCUGUAAGCUUGUUUUCAGGAACAGCAAGGAAAGAAUGAGACAGUGCUCUUUGCUCAAGGAAAGAACCUAGGCAGGCUUGGGGAAAGCAAAAACCAACAGUGGGAAGGAAUGGUAACUAAGCAAAAGGAGAGGCAAGCAAGUUAGGUUUUAGAUGCCUGGGCACAAAAAGGAAGCCUGACAAUUAGAAGUAAUUAGGUGUAUGGAUUUCCCAAUAUACCACGCCCACUCACCAUCAGUAUAAAAAAAAAAACCCAACACCCUCUUCUUUCCAUUAAAGAUACCACCCUCUUCUUUCCAUUAAAGAUACCAGUGCCAGAAACAUACUUCACUUAAGAUAUAAUUAUGGGGACUUCCAUGGUGGCGCAGUGGUUAAGAAUCCACCUGCCAAUGCAGGGGACACGGGCUCAAGCCCCGGUCCGGGAAGAUCCCACGUGCGGCGGAGCAACUAAGUCCGUGCGUCACAAUGACUGAGCCUGCGCUCUAGAGCCCGAGAGCCACAACUACUGAGCUCAUGAGCCACAACUACUGAAGCCCACGCACCUAGAGCCCGUGCUCCCUAGCAAGAGAAAUCACAGCAAUGAGAAGCCCACGCACCACAACGAAGAGCAGCCCCCGCUCGCCACAACUAGAGAAACCCACAUGCAGCAACGAAGACCCAACACAGCCAAAAAUUAAUUAACUAAUUUAAAAAAAAGAUAUAAUUAUGACUAUUUUUUGCUCAGCCCUGAUUAUCAGGCAUGUAUAAGCAACAUAUCAAAAGGAAUGGAUUAUUCUAAGAAUCUUGACCAGUACUUCUGUCAACAUUUCUAGAAUAAGCAUUAUUAUACUGUCUUUAAUUUUAGACCUAACAUAUUUUACAGAUAAAAAAUCAUUAAUCUCGGGCUUCCCUGGUGGCGCAGUGGUUGAGAAUCUGCCUGCCAAUGCAGGGGACACGGGUUCGAGCCCUGGUCCGGGAGGAUCCCACAUGCCGCGGAGCAACUGGGCCCGUGAGCCACAACUACUGAGCCUGCGCGUCUGGAGCCUGUGCUCCGCAAAAAGAGAGGCCGCGAUAGUGAGAGGCCCACGCACCGUGAUGAAGAGCGGCCCCCGCUCGCCACAGCUAGAGAAAGCCAAUGCACAGAAACGAAGACUCAACACAGCAAAAAUAAAUAAAUUAAUAAACUCCUACCCCCAACAUCUUCUAAAAAAAAAAAAAAAUCAUUAAUCUCAAAUUAUUCCAAAUGGAAAAGCCAGAUAGCAGAUUAAUUCCGGCUUACCGAUAUAGAAACUGAAGUUGAGAAUACCUAAAUUGCUUCUUUAAGGCAAUCACCAAUAAUGUUGUGGUCAUAGUAUUUGUUCCUCAGCUUUUAAAUUAGGAAGUCGGGACUGCCCUGGUGGCGCAGUGGUUAAGAAUCUUCCUGCCAAUGCAGGGGACACGGGUUCGAUCCCUGGGCCGGGAAGAUCCCACAUGCUGCAGAGCAUCUAAGCCUGUGCACCACAAGUACUGAGCCUGCGCUCUACAGCCCCGUGAGCCACAAUUACUGAGCCUGUGUGCCACAACUACUGACCCUGCAUGCCACAACUACUGACGCCCACGCGCCCUAGAGCCCAUGCUCCGCAACAACAGAAGCCACCAUAACGAGAAGCCCGUAGACCGCAGCGAAGAGUAGCCCUCGCUUGCCACAAGUAGAGAAAGCCUGCGUGCAGCAACGAAGACCCAACGCAGCCAAAAAAAAAAAAAAAAUUAAAUUAAAUUAGGAAAUCAUUUGUACCACUUAAGUAAAAAUCAGGAAGAAGAUAGGACCAAAAUAUUACAAACACUAUAAUUUUUUUAAAAAGUCAUUUUGAUUGUCUUUUAAUAAUAGUUUUCUACUAAGAUUUGUUUUAAGACAGUGAGCUCUUUUCAGAAAUCAAUCCCAAACAAAAAGAACAAGAAACCAAACAUACAUAAUCCAUCUUCAAUAAAACUAAGAAACACGUGUAACUCCACAUCUCAAAAGGUGAAGACAGAAUGGGGAUAAAGCAAUAGUGCAUGACUUAGUAUACUGGUGUAUGAUCAAACCUAAAUGCCUGCAGAGAGGCAUAACAAAAGAAGUUGAAUCCAUCUACAGAACCCUAGCAGGGUUCAAAAAUUAGAAGCAAAAAUAAAAGGAAAGAAAGGAAAAAAGCUGGAAUCAUUAGGGACUGCAGAAGGCAGAAGGUGGAGGACUGAAAACAGGGAGAUUAUCUGAAAAUCUCUAUAAGGAACAGAUAGACCAACAAGAUUCCCAUCCCCACACUAACCAGCCAGGGAACUACCUCUUAGAGUGAUGUAGUGUCCAGAAAAAAAAAAAAAAGAGUGAAGGAUCAGACACAGAGUACAGUGCUAAAGUAAAAACGUGACCUCAUUACUCAGCCAUAAAAAAGAAUAAAAUAAUGCUAUUUGCAGCAACAUGGAUGACCUAGAUAUUAUCAUACUAAGCAAAGUAAGUCAGACAAAGACAAACACCAUAUGAUAUCACUUGUAUGUGGAAUCUAAGAUAUGACACAAAUAAACUUAUCUAUGAAACAGAAAAAGACUCACAGACAUAGAGAACAGACUUGUGGUUGCCAAGGGGGGCAGUGCGGGAGGGAUGAUUUGGCAGUUUGGGAUUAGCAGAUACAAACGAGUAUAUACAGGAUGGAUAAACAACAAGGUCCUACUGUAUAGCACAGGGAACUCAAAUAUCCUGUGAGAAACAAUAAUGGAUGAGAAAGAAUAUAUAUAUGUGCUACAAUCACUGCUGUACAGCAGAAAUUAACAUAACAUUGUAAAUCAACUAUACUUCAAUAAAAUUAAAAACAAAACAAACAAAAAAAGUGACUUCAGUGAAAAUCUGGUGUUGAAAGGUGAGAUCUCCAUCUCCUCUCUGUCAUCCAGCUCCAAAAUGCUUUUUCUAGGCAAGAGAAUAGAGGAUCUUUCUCAGUACCCACUGAUCCAUACCAGAAGAAAGACCUUCAGACACUGAUAUGUGGAAGUUCUUAGUCAACUGCCAGCUAAUCUCAUGACUGCGUUACAGAGAAGCCGACACACAUAUAACUUCUGAUCAGCUUUUCAGAGUUCCACUCUUAAAGGACACCAGCCAUCUAAAGAAGGCCUCUGACAUGACAAAAAACCACUAAAUCAAAGUCAAAGAAAACAGGAACUUAGAAAAGAGACACAUGCAUGGAACAAAAGAACAUUUCAAAGAAUUUAUAAUUAAAACCCUCUGAGGAAUAAAAGAAGAUACUGUACUCACAAAAUAGGUUGCUAUGAAAAGAAAAAACAAAAAGAGCUUUGGGGAACCACAAAUAUGAUAGCUUAAAAAAAAAAAAAAUCAGUAAGGGAAUUCCCUGGCAGUCCAGUGGUUAAGACUCCGUGCUUGCAUUGCCAGGGACCCACGUUCGAUCCCUGGUCUG